CAACGCGUUGAACUCUACGUUCUGCGGGAGCGCGCCCGUAAUUACGUUACGUUGAGAGACGUCACCCAUAGCAACACAACAAGGGAGAGCUUUUGGAGUCGCGUGUCUAGCUCUGAACUCAGUUUUCCGCUUCAGCUUGACAACGCCUGUUUACAAACCUCUGUCAUCAGUGAACUGAUGAACGUCAGUCAGACAGGAAAUUAAUUAAGAAAGAGAAUAAGGCACCAACAAACCAGCAUGAUGACACAAACAAAGACUGCAGAUGACACGCAACACACCCUUUCUCCCAGCUCCAAAAAACAAUUACAGGAACAAUUACACUCCGAACAGCAAGAAGUUGAUGCCAUUAUACAGCCGCUGCUGGAGACUGAGGCUGGAUUCAUAAAGAAUCUGGAUCACUAUCUUACUCUCAGAGGCACACUGGACCUGAGGAAACGUAAACUGCUCCAUAAGCGCUGGACACAGAGUGUGUGGCUGCCGGUACAGCAGACCAUUGAGCAACAUUUUACAGACCAUGGCUACACUGAGACACAGAAGAUGAGGAGCAUGCAUGCACACUACAUUAACUACUGUAAUGCUAAGGUACAGGGUUUUGUGUUUCUAGAGAGUUAUGAUCCUCUGGAGUACAACCCCUUCGAGCACCAUUUCAACACACCACAUCAUCGCAAAAUUUCCACCCCGAAAUUGGAGGAUCCCCUGUCUCUUCAGUCACGAGCCAGGAUUAAGGAAAAGACAGCAAUACUUCGCUGCCAAACAGGUCAUGUAUAUCGCCGGCAACAGGUGGAGGAACUUCUCCAGAGUCCACCUGUUUCCCAACAGAGCCGUAAACAGUCACGGGCCAAAGCCUCCAGAGAUACUGCCUCAGAGAGACUUUGGGAGAACCGCAAUCUGUUUAAAUCAAGGAGUACAUGCACUCCACAUUCGGCUUUGGCAGAGGGACGGUGCUUCCUCCCUCAGUGCUGGUCCUGUUGUUGAUGACAGCGUUCAUUAGGGCCUUAUUGACAUGAGAUUGUAUAUACACACAGGUUUUCCAUUACUGAGAAUGGUGCUUGUUAUACCAUUAAAGUGCAAUAAAUAAUGAGGUGUACAGUGUGUAAUGUGUCUAGUGCUU